GCUGCUAUUUCAUAUCUGCAGUUUAACUCUCCUUUUCUCUCACCUUACUUCCCACUUCUCCCCUUCUCCUCCUCUCCUCCUAACCUAAGAAAACGAAACCCUAACCCUAACCCUAGCUCUGUCCUUUCUUUCUCCUCGUUCACGUCUCUUUGGAUCUCUUUCUGCGGCAAUGGGAGCUUUUGGCGAGGACAGUGGCGAUGGGGACUGAGGAGAUCUGCGGCAAUGGGGAAACCCGAAGACGAGCAGGCGUUAUCCACCGGUCCAUCGUCGUCGUCGGAGGCCACCGAGGGGAAUGCAGGCGAUGGCUGCCCCCGGUGCCGAUCCAUCGGCAAGAUCGUGCGGCCGCGCUGCGUUGCUGCGCUGUUUCUUGGUGUUGCCGUGCUGCUGUCGGCCGUGUUCUGGCUCCCCCCCUUCUUGAGGCAUAGUGGGGAUCUGAGAGAUCGGAAUCGGGACCCCUGGUUUAAAGCUGAUAUAGUAGCAAGUUUCAGACUGCAAAAGCCUGUUGCUCUGCUAGGCACCAAUAUCUCAAAACUUCAAUAUGAUAUCUAUGAAGAAAUUGGUGUUCUUAAUUCCUUGGUGGUUGUAAGUUCUCUGGAACCUUUAGCUGGAUCAAAUUGGACGACCGUAGUUUUUGCUAUUUGGCCUUAUCCAAAAAAUUCAACUAUGUCAUCUGCUGAGAUAAGCAUUCUCAGAGAGUCUUUUAUGUCCUUGGUUACACGGCAGUCAACUCUCCACUUGACCACAUCGUUGUUUGGGAACUCAUCCUUCUUUGAGGUGCUAAAGUUCCCUGGAGGGAUUACAAUUAUCCCUCCACAAAGUGCUUUUCUUCUGCAAAAAGUGCAACCAAUUUUUAAUUUCAGUUUGAACGUUGCAAUCUAUCAAGUACAAGACAGACUCAGUGAACUGAAGGACCAGAUGAAAUCAGGGUUGCUACUCAAUUCUUAUGAGAAUCUGUAUGUUAGGUUGACAAAUUCAGAGGGUUCAACAUUGUUUCCUCCAACAACUGUUCAGACCUCCAUUGUGUUUAAAGUUGGGAAUCACCAACCAUUAUUGCCAAGGUUGAAACAGUUGGCUAAGACCAUCAGCAAUUCUUCUGCAGGCAAUCUUGGUCUCAAUCACACUGUAUUUGGUAGAGUAAAACAGGUCCGACUUUCCUCUUAUCUUCAACAUUCUCUGAGUAGUGGAGGCAGUAGUUCGCCUAGUCCCUCACCUCAACCACCGCCAGACCAUCACAACCACCACCACCACCAUCACCACCACCACCACCACCACCACCAUCACCCAGACAUGCAUCUGGCACCUGCUCCUCCUCCUCGGCAGAGUUACCCAACUCCUCCUCCCUCUCAUUGCCGAUUUGGAUACUCAAACAGACCCAAGAGCAAACCUCAUCAUCCAGUUCCGACUUCUGCACCCGUGGCCUCUCCGCAGCAUUCUGCUGCACCUGAGUCUGCACCGCAGCAUUCUGCUGCACCUGAGUCUGCACCGCAGCAUUCUGCUGCACCUGAGUCUGCACCGCAGCAUUCUAUUAGUCCGCAUGCGCAUGAAGAUUCACCAGGUCCAGCUCCAAACAUGCAUCCAGCAUCACCGCUGCCUGCUGUUUAUUUUGCUCAUGUACGACCUCCAAGUGAGAAUGUAACAUAUGCCAAACCUCCUGACAGAGUUCCUUCAAUUUCACCUGUGCCAAAUACAUCUUCUGCUUCAGGCCAGUCUUGUGUCCGUUGGGUCCUUGCACUCCUGUUACAUUUGUUGAUGCGUUUAUAGCGGACAAACGAAUUAUUUUGCUUUCUAGAACUAAACCACUCCGGUUUUAAGAAGCGGGGUACACUGGUCUGUGAUGCUGCAUGGGAUUGUAACUUCGAUGUGGGUGCAACAAAACUGGUGGCACCUUCAUUCAGGUGGAAAUUUUAAUGUAUGUAUAUAUGGAUAUAAUGCAUCGGCAAAUGUAUUUUCCGGUCAAAGCCACAGAGGUGGCAGGCCCCUGUUUACAUAUAUCGCCUUGUUUCUUUGUACUAUUCUGCAGAAAAUCAAGUAAAAGAAAUGUAUUUUGCGCCUAAUAAGGUCAGGUGCUUGCUCCUGAAUGAGGAAGGGAAUUCUGUUCUUUUGGGACCGUUUUAA